AUGUCAUCACUGGCUGGUAAAGUGGCUCUGAUCAGUGGCUCAUCGGCAGGACUCGGAGCAGCCAUUGCUCGUGAGCUAUCCGGCCGCGGGGCCUCUGUGGUCAUCAACUACCCCAACCAAAGCGAAAAGGCAAACGCGGACAAGGUUCUCCAGAGCCUCAACGGGCCCGGAAAAGCCGUAGAGGCAGACCUGUCAACACCGGAAGGGCCGCAGGUGCUAGCCGAUGCGGCCGCAGAAGCUUUCGGCAAAAUCGACAUCCUUGUCAACAGCGCUGGCAUCAAUCGCCCGACGUUUCUCGACGAUCCCGACAAUGAAAAGGUCUACAAGACAUGGCACGAUAUCGUCAAUCUCAAUGCCAGAGGUGUCUUCUUCCUCACCCGCGCUGUUCUAAAGUAUCUGUCGCGAGAGAACUCACGCAUCAUCAAUAUCGGUAGCUCUGUGUCGCGCACUCCAGGGCCGGAGUCUAGCAUCUAUGCGGGUACUAAAGGACUUGUUGAGGUCUAUACUCAAUGCUGGGCGACAGAACUGCCCCGGAAAUACGGAUGCACCGUCAAUGCUGUCGCUCCUGGGCCUGUUGGAACAGAUGCCUUCAACGCUGCGCCCAGCUUCGUGAGAGAGGCACUGCAGCCCAUCAUAGAUGCGACUCCUGUCGCUCCACGCGUCGGUAAGCCUGAGGAGGUAGCAUGGGCUGUUGCAACUCUGGCUGAGGAAAGGGCGGGCUGGAUCAACGGGGCCUUUAUUCCCAUCAACGGAGGAUCCAGUAUAUUUUAG